CAGAGCCGGGCCCUCAGAUCGAGGCAGCCUCCCCCUCUCAGCCGGCAGCACAUUCCGCCGCCGUUGCCGCCGCCGCCGGCUCCGCGGUCGUCUUCGCCGGAGCUGCUGUGGUGCCGGGGCUCGGGACAGGAGGGGGCGGCCGGCCGGGGAGUGGAGGCCGCGGAGGCCGGGCGAGAGGAAGGGAGCGGACGGACGGACGGGCGGGCGGCGCAGGCGGCGGCCGGCUUCCUGGGAGCGUCGGUGCGGCGCGGUGGUUGGGGCGGAUCCCGCGGGGCCCGGGCGGGGAGGGGGGGGGGAGAGUCGCCGACCCGGCCAUGGCGGACAACGAGAAAUUGGACAACCAACGGCUCAAGAAUUUCAAGAACAAAGGCCGCGACUUAGAGACUAUGAGAAGACAACGAAAUGAAGUUGUAGUUGAAUUAAGGAAGAAUAAAAGAGAUGAACAUCUCUUAAAGAGAAGAAAUGUGCCGCAUGAAGAUAUCUGUGAAGACUCUGAUAUAGAUGGUGAUUUUAGAGUACAAAAUACCUCUCUAGAAGCUAUUGUUCAAAAUGCUUCAAGUGAUAACCAAGGAAUUCAAUUAAGUGCAGUACAAGCUGCUAGGAAACUUUUGUCCAGUGAUCGAAAUCCACCAAUUGAUGACUUAAUAAAAUCUGGAAUAUUGCCUAUUUUAGUUCAUUGUCUUGAAAGAGAUGACAAUCCUUCUUUACAGUUUGAAGCUGCAUGGGCUUUGACAAACAUUGCAUCUGGAACAUCUGAACAGACACAAGCCGUGGUUCAAUCCAAUGCUGUGCCACUUUUCCUAAGGCUGCUGCAUUCACCACAUCAGAAUGUCUGUGAGCAGGCAGUGUGGGCAUUGGGAAAUAUUAUAGGUGAUGGACCUCAGUGUAGAGAUUAUGUGAUAAGCCUUGGAGUUGUAAAACCUCUGCUUUCAUUCAUAAGUCCGUCUAUUCCUAUAACAUUCUUAAGAAAUGUUACCUGGGUUAUGGUCAAUUUAUGUCGCCACAAAGACCCACCGCCACCAAUGGAAACAAUUCAGGAGAUUCUUCCAGCUCUUUGUGUAUUAAUUCAUCACACAGAUGUAAAUAUAUUGGUAGAUACUGUCUGGGCCCUCUCCUACCUUACGGAUGCUGGCAAUGAACAGAUACAGAUGGUAAUAGACUCCGGAAUAGUUCCUCAUUUGGUUCCUCUACUCAGCCACCAGGAAGUUAAAGUUCAAACUGCUGCACUUCGAGCUGUGGGCAACAUUGUCACUGGGACUGAUGAGCAAACACAAGUAGUUUUAAACUGUGAUGCUCUUUCACACUUCCCAGCACUUCUCACUCAUCCCAAAGAGAAAAUUAAUAAAGAAGCAGUGUGGUUCCUGUCUAACAUCACUGCAGGAAAUCAGCAGCAGGUUCAGGCAGUAAUUGAUGCCAAUCUUGUACCAAUGAUAAUACACCUUUUGGAUAAGGGAGAUUUUGGCACCCAGAAAGAAGCUGCUUGGGCCAUAAGUAACUUAACAAUUAGUGGGAGGAAGGACCAAUCAUCCCCUGCGAAAGACACGGUUUUUUGUGNUGAUGGGCUAAGUAAUAUAUUAAAAAUGGCUGAAGAUGAGGCGGAAACCAUAGCCAAUCUCAUAGAGGAGUGUGGUGGACUGGAGAAAAUUGAACAACUUCAGAAUCAUGAAAAUGAAGACAUCUACAAAUUGGCCUAUGAGAUCAUUGACCAGUUCUUCUCUUCAGACGAUAUUGAUGAAGAUCCUAGCCUUGUUCCAGAGGCAGUUCAAGGUGGAACAUUUGGUUUCAAUUCAUCUGCCAAUGUACCAACUGAGGGGUUCCAGUUUUAGAAAGAUGUUGUGGAAGCUAGGUACAAUGCAGCACUGAGACAUAUAUAUAUAUAUACACAUAUAUAUAAAAAGGUUUGAUCCAUCAAGCUUGGCUCAUGGGAUCUGCUGCUGCAUUAAAUCGGGAGAGAAAAUGUGAAGAUUUCAUUUGGAAUCGCAGAAUAUGCCCAAAUGAGGUCAGGGUGGCGAGUGGGUGCGAGUGAGAAUGAGUGGCAAUGUAAGGAAAAGUUGACAUGAAUGCUUAUUUAGGUUGAAAGUAAAGGGGCUACAGGUCACAGGUAUUGGUGCCUGAGAAGGAGCAUUGACUCCCUCUGUCAAUGGAGGGAAGUGAAGUGCUGUCGUCAUCAAGCCUUGUAAGCAUGAAAGCGAUGCCCAUGGAAGUCAAGGGAAAUGAGCCCAGGCUUGCUGAGAAGCAGUGUGAGUGGACAGUGGUGAGUGAGUGUCUGGCUCCGUGGUAGAGAGCCAGGUUCAUCUUUCCAAUCUAGGGCUCUUCACGCAUGCCGUCCUGGAGUGACUGUGUCGAGAGUGUGGUUGUGGUGCUGUAUGUGGACGCAUGCAAGCUUGAUUCGCCUUCAGGGGGCUGAUAACAAACCUAGUAGAUCAUCAAAGUGAGAUCACAAGUGUUAAUGUACACUGGACAUGAAAACAAAGACCGGUUUAGCAGCAGACAUUGGUUUACUCUGCAGCCUGUGUUUUCUAUUCUCCCUCUACCCUCCCCCCCCCUUUUAUUUUAAUUUAGUUUUUAUUUACCUAGUAUGGCUUUUUUAGUUGCUUCUCAAGUCAGAAAACUUCAGGAAGGUUUCCGUGUGCAUUUGCACCAGAUGAGUGUUUGAUGUUAUGAAAAGCUUUCCAUAUCAUCAAAACUAAUUUGUGUAGAUUUUUGCAUGAAAAAAAAUCAUAAAUUUCCCUCACAGUAGACUGUGUUGCAGUACACAAGUUGCCAUAAUAGUAUAAAAUGUGCUUUAAAAGCCAUUCUUUUCAUUUUCAGAGAUAACAUAAAGAUCUUUGCAUGAGGUAAAUCUACAGCAUAGUUCAUUUUUAGAUUUUGUUGAGUCCUGUAAAGAAGAGAAGUUUCAGUUGUGAUAGAAUACCGUGCUGUGUUGAAAUGUUAACUUGUUUUCAGACUUUGUUUUCUAUGAAAAUGAUAUGGAAGCUUCUGAAAUGGAAUUUGGUGCAUAUGUACUGCUGAAUAAAGACCGAUGAAGGGGUUUGAGUAGAUGUACAAAUCAAGUAAUGGUUUGAACACCUUCAAUAAUAUGCCUAAUCUGUUGAAUUGUUUUAGAAUCUUUUUAUCUUAGAUGUAGGCAGCCAUGAACAAUCUAUUUUGAGCCACUUUAGGGAGAAAACUUUGUAUUUUUAAAACUUGCAUAAAAGUUAUGCAAGUGGUUUUUAUAGAUUGGAAUAAUGCCUCAGUUGUGAGGUUACGCACACUAAAUUAAAUAUGUCAUAAAUUAAUUUGUACAAAAGGAACUCUUUAUAAGGUGGCUCAUUGUAGGAACUCCUGUGCCUUCCCCUUUGAGCACAAGUGUUGCAUGAACAACAGUUUGCUAUAAAAAACAUACCAGGUUAGCCACCAUUAGCAUCUAUAUCUACUUUGUGUUUAAAAAUCAACUGGUAAUUCUGAAACACUGUAGAAUGGAUAAAAAUUAUUUUGUGAUCAUAACUCUUUGUUGAACUAGAGUAUUUUUGCAGCAUUCCUUGUCAUCAAAAACAUGGUUAAAGUUUAAAACUAGAAGCAGCAGGAAACUAGCUUGUAAAAUUUAUCCAAGUAGAAUACAGGCUAGGCUGUCUUGGGGAAAUAAACAUUAAAACUUAAAGCAAUGUUUUACAUGGGGUGUGUGUGUGAUGUGUGGAUUUCUUUUUCUAUCUAAUAUUAAGUUAGAACAUACCUCUGUGGCUUCUGUUAGCUUCUUGUCUGCCUUAAGCCUUUUUCUAGAACCAGCAUAAGACGUCAUAAAAGCUGUAACUUGGUUCUGGGCAUGUUAGCAUUGCCGUCCACAGGAUUUGUGCGGUUGACACCAUCUACACUUGCACCUUCUCCCAGUUGACACCAAGGUUUUGACCUUCCUUCACUUUCCCAAGUCAGUAGGAUUAAGAAACAGCUUGAGCUAUAUUUUAAAUACUGUCGUAGCCAACAUGUAGCUCCAAAUGAUAGAUUGCAUACAAGGCCUAUUUAUUGCAGAAAGUGUGGAUUCUGGGAAGGUGAGCAUAUACUCCCUUAUAUGAUUACUAUUUUUUAAUUAAACAGUAAUCAGUGAGCUUGUAAUAGGUACCUGUAUAUAAAGAAUUCUGGCAGGUAGCUUAGCAUGGUGUCAUAUGCCUGUGAUCCUAGCUCUCAGAAAGCUGAGGCAGGAGAGUCACCUCGUUCAAAUACAGCCUUGGUUAUAUUGUCAUGAGACCCUGCUUCAGGAAUUAAAAAAAAAAAUGUGUGGGAACAAUAUUCAUAUCUCUAAGGGCUACCUGAAUGUCUAAAUACUUGUUUCUAACUAUGAUCACUAUGGGACAUUGAUUUUUUUUUCUAUAAUUCUAAGGUGUGCUUUUCUAUAUCUAAAAUGUGUCCCAAAUAACAACUUUUUUUAAAUUCUUCAGUGACCUAGGAAACGGAAUUUUAACAAAAACCAUUAUAUCUGAUAAGGGGGAAAUAGGGUAAUAAGUCUAAUAAGCUAACUGUUAUUAUUUUUCAUGUUCUUAAACUGCCAUGUUUAACACCAAGCCCUUCUCAAGUGCUACAAAAAUAAAAAUACUGUGUUAAGA